AUGACAGAUGGAAAAUCUGUUUAUACAGGAGAAAAUAAUAAAACAUUAGUUGUAGUUGUUCCCACAUAUCAAGGUGAAUUUGUUAUUCCUAGUUUUGUUCGAGAGAUAUCUGAUGGAUGUUUUCGCACAUGCCACAUUACAAGCAUUAUUUUUCAUGACAGUAUCACAUCCAUUGGUGCAUGGGCUUUUGCUGUGACAGAUUUAACUUCGAUACGACUCCCUGAUAAAAUAACAAUCAUCAGGUAUAAUUUGUUCAGAGAAUGUCCUAGUUUAAUAGCUGUAAAUUUCUCUAAUAAAACAACAGUUAUAGAACAACAAGCUUUUCAAGGUUGCCUUAACUUAGCUUUAAUAGAAUUCCCAGCAUCAUUGGAGACUAUUGGGCCUUCAGCUUUUGCUGUAUGUCCAAAAUUAAAAAUUGAUGCAUCGAAAAAUGAAAAUGUAAACUAUGUAGAUGAUAUGUUAUUUACAAACAAAAAGAAAACGCUUUCUAGUUAUUUUGGAACAGACUCGAAUAAAGAUUUAAUUGUCCCAGAAGGAUUAACAGAUGUUGGUGCAGGUACAUUCAUGUCCAAAAAAUUGAAAUCAAUAGUUUUCAAUGGGGCGACACUUGAAAACAUUAAUUUUCAAGCAUUCAGAAGUUGUUCUUUAGAAACGAUAUCGUUACCUUCAAGUUUAAGAUAUAUAGGACAGGAAUGCUUUGCAAACUGUAAUAAUCUAAAAACUGUGACGUUUAGGGAGUGA